ACGGGCCUCGAUUUCGCUGGCCCUUUUGAGAUCAAGAGCUAUUGCGGUCGCGCAUGUCGGAUCACGAAAGGGUAUGCGUGCGUUUUCGUUUGUUUCUCGACCAAAGCGAUUCAUCUGGAGGCAACAUCCGAUCUUUCCACUCCCACGUUCUUGGCGGCUUUCCAUAGAUUUGUUUCACGGCGCGGAUGUCCAGCACAUCUGUAUUCAGAUAACGGUACGACCUUCGUGGGGGCGUCCAAAAUACUGGCGAGAGAAUUUAUCCAAGCCUCUCGCACAGCGCUAAUAGAAAUUUUUUCCGUCCAAAAUCUGAGUUGGCACUUCAUUCCACCCGGAGCACCUCAUAUGGGUGGCCUCUGGGAAGCUGGGGUUAAGAGUUUCAAAACCCAUUUCCGAAAGUUCGCCGGCUCCUACAAGUUCACGUUUGAAGAGUUUUCGACACUUCUCUCCAGAAUUGAGUCCUGUUUAAACUCUCGUCCAUUGUCUCCUAUUUCCAGCGAUCCAACUGAUUUUGCUGCGUUGACGCCAGGUCAUUUCCUCAUCGGGACUCCCAUUUUAGCUCCUAUUGAUCCAAAUAUUGAUGAGAGUCCAAUUUCCUUGAUAAAUCGUUGGAAACGUUUGAAAGCGAUCCAUCAGAGUUUCUGUGCUCGGUGGAAAACAGAGUAUCUCCGUGAGCUUCAAAAGCGCCACAAGUGGCAGACUCCUGAGAAAGAUAUUGAAGAGAACACACUGGUCGCCAUAUAUGAUGAGAAUCUUCCGCCAAAUUCAUGGCGUCUGGGUAGGGUUUCCAAGACGUAUCGCGGCUCUGAUGGCCAUGUUCGUGUCGCAGAUCUUGUGACUCAGAAAGGCGUUAUCACUCGUCCAAUUACAAAACUUGUUGUCCUUUCCGAUAACUAAGUUCCGAAUUUCUUUUUAUUUCUUUCCGUCCUAUGUUGUUCUGUCCUUACCUUGUCCUUAGCAACCAUGCCCAAACACGUUUCCAACAACAAUAAACGCAGUCAUUCCAAUCCAGCUCCAUAUAAACGACAGUUUCUAUGCCCUCUCUGCCAGCGUCCUCAUGCGUUGCGUCGAUGCCACAAGUUCCUGGAUAUGAACAUGUCGGAACGCUUAGAUACUGUCCGUCAGCACAAAUACUGCGUGAAUUGCUUGGCAGUAGAUCACUCGAAUGGGUCGUGCUUCAGUGACAAGGGGUGUCGCCAUUGCAAGAAGUUUCACCACACUCUCCUUCACGUCAAUCCCAAAGUCCGCGAUCAGAUUUUACCACGACAUGCGCCCUCGGUUAGUUCCGGAGCCAGUUCUCGGUCCCCUUCACCGCAGCCGUCGACUUCUACGGCGGCUCGUCGCCAACCUGCGUCUGCACCGGCACCAGCGAAAAGGGGGUCCCUAACAUCUUUGAUCCAGCAGAAUCGGACCAUUUUGUUGCCUACCGUCCUGGUGAGGAUUGAUGCGAAGAAUGUGGCCAGGUGUCUCUUGGAUUCCGCUUCGCCGGUCAGCAGAGUUUCGAGAGCGUUUGUGGAGAAGAUAAAGUUAAACACGCUGACCCUGAGAGAGGAGACGGUAUGCCAACUGACAUUAUUUUCGAGGUUUGAUUCGAAGGUGAAGAUUGAGGGCACAUUCCGGGUUGACAAUCGGAUCACGACAAAGACGCCAGCUGAAUCGCUCCCGGAGGAGUUCAAAAGGAACUUCCCUCAUUUGUUCUUUGCAGACCCCACGUUUUAUAAAUCUGCAGGGGUCGACAUAGUGAUUGGAGUAGACCUAUAUCCGAAGGUCGUGUCUGAAGGGGUAUAUGCAAGGAGCGGGUUGCCAACGGCUCAGAGCACGGUGUUUGGCUGGGCGAUAUAUGGGCUAUGUUCAUAAUUGGGACAUCCCUAUUUUUUUUUCUAUUCUCUUUUCUAAACUCAAAUGAAUUACUAAUAAACAUGAACUGAAGAAUGCACUAUUGUUUUCCUUUUCCCCCAAAGCACAAACUUUAUCUUUCCAGAUGUCCCUCCUGAAGUUACAGAUGCGAGUUCGGAUUCCUUUCGGCGCUGAUGUUAGAUGUAAUCCUCCCGCUGUUUCAUCAUUAUAUUUCUUACUUACUAUAAUCUCAUAUCCAUUUCAUUCAUUACUUUACAUCGCUUGUAUUGUAAGCAGUGGGGACACACACGGGUUUUCCGUUUCAUUCUUUUAUUGCAGUGAUACUGCAAGGGGGCCGGUAAUGUUCAUGCGAAAGUUUGAUGAUCUGGUCACCCUAAUUCAAAAGUUAAGUUUCGCGCGCACUCGUAAGUUGUGCUUGUGCUGUAGCGCUCAAUCACUCAAUAUGUCCGUUUGUGUCCUCUCUGUGGUUUUUCGAUUUUCCUUUGUUCCAAAUAAAAUCACUUGUUACCUUAACGUCAA